AUGCGAAUACCCUACACAAAAUCGAUUUGGUUCGAAGCGUUUGUUGUCCAGUAUUAUUUCUGGGAAAAGAUGUCAUUUCACUGGGUCACUCGACACUGGGUUGAUAAGAAACAAUUCCCGGUUAUUCUGAUUAAUCCGGAUUAGUCUCCGGCGAUAUGUUCAUCCGAAUGGAACUGUUCGCUCCGAAAAACGUGCUCCUGUGGAGCAUCCUGUGGCUCCUAGCUGUAGGAAACUUGGCAGAAAACGAAAGCUGCGUCUACUGUGUGCCCAUUGACGAAUGCGGGAAACUGUUCGGCAUUCUGCAGCAGGGUAAAAGUGCACCAUUUGAGGACAUUCGCUUGCUCUAUCAGUCCGGCUGCAAUGAUUAUCGCGGCUUGUUCUGCUGCGGCAGCGAUCCCAAGGGCCUUGAGGAGCUGGAACUCCAAAAACCGCAUUGUGGCGUCGCUGAGUCAAUUUCAGUGGGUUCCCAUUACAUCAUUAAUGGCGAGGAAGUGAAGCUCAGCACCAGACCAUGGAUGGCGCUGUUCUUGACAAACAGCUCCGCGAAUGGCCAACACUUUUGUGGCGGCUCGCUCAUCACGCAAAGAUUUGUACUCUCGGCAGCGCAUUGUUUCACCAAACCGGAGUAUAAUGAUUUAAAUUCUGUGGUGGUUCGCUUGGGAGAGCACGAUGUGCGCCGUGCCAGGGACUGCCGGACCUACUGGGGCAAGGAGAUAUGUGCUUCACCGUCAGAGGAUUUCGCCAUCAAAAGGAUAAUUUCUCACGAGUUCUUCUCGCUUAGCACCAAUUACCACGACAUAGCGCUGGUUGAACUGGCCUCGCGGGUGGAUUACAAGACUCACAUUAAACCCAUCUGUAUGCCCCUGGACGUAGAGGUGCAGCAGCUGGCGGAAACUCUCGACACUUUCAGCGUGGCCGGUUGGGGCAAGCUCAAUGCCUAUGCUGCUCGGGGCUCCGAUGUGCUCAUGGCCACCGAUGUGCGGCGCAGCUCCCGCAAAAUGUGCACCAUCAAGUACAGCAUGUGGGUGAAGGAGAGCCAAAUCUGUGCUGGCAGCAGCGCCUCAACACAUGACUCCUGCCACGGCGACUCUGGCGGCCCUCUGGGAAGUCUCGUCAACUACUUCGGCCGGCCCCGUUUCUUUCAGUUUGGGCUGGUGAGCUUUGGAAACAGAGACUGCCAAAGUGAGGCCGUCUACACAAACGUCGGCGCCCAUCUGCCAUGGAUAACAGAAAAUAUAGCUGGAUAAACAUCGAUUCGUACAUUAAA